GAGCUCGCGAGUGGGAACGAGCUUGAAGUGUCAAUGACUUAUGAUACGUCUUCGCUUUACACAGCACUCGCAUAUUGCAUUGUUGUUCCUACAUUGCGUCACAGCGCGGAUGAGACUGGGAUCAGUGGGAAGUUCUUCACAUGAUGGAUUGGUACUGACAUCCUGUAAUUUGAGUCAAUUUAGCUAUGAUCGUUCUCCGACAGAUCCCAAAGCACAACAAACUUGGAUUUACCAGCAAGUCUGUGAAACAGUUCAAGAGGCGUAUAUAUAGAUUCGAUCUAUGUUAGCACGUCAAAAAGGAAA